AUGGAGGAUCCCCGGAAGGUGCCUCCGAGCUGCCUCCGCAGGGCACUAGGUCCUUUCCCCAGAGUCUUUGCUGCUGAAGCAGUGGCCGCCGAGUUCCAGACCCCUGCUGAGCGACCGAAGCUGCCUCCCUCCAUCCCAGAAUCCCAUUACCCGGAAUCCGGAUGGGAUCUCCUCCGAGAGCUGUUUAUUAAAGAUGACCAGCAGAGAACAUCUGAAGAACUUCAGAAUAUUUGUAAGGCAGCAGUUUCAGCAGGCAUCAUUGGCUUUGUCUAUGGAGGAGUACCUGCCUUUGUACAUGCCAAACAAUGCUACGUUGAGCAGAGCCAAGCAGACAUCUAUCAUAACCGAUUUGAUGCUGUGCAAGCUGCCCACUGUGCUGCCACUCGGGCCUUCAUUCGGUAUGGCUGGCGCUGGCGCUGGAGAACUGCGGCGUUUAUGACCACAUUCAACUCAGUGACCACUGGUCUGAAUGUGUACCGAAAUAAAAAUGCCCUCAGUCAUUUUGUCAUUGCUGGAGCUGUCACAGGAAGUCUUUUCAGAAUAAACUUAGGCCUGCGUGGUCUGAUGGCUGGUGGUAUAAUUGGAGCCUUGCUGGGUACCCCUAUUAGGAGCCUGUUGAUGCUGCUGCAGAGGUACUGUGGAGAGACUGUUCAACAGAGGAAAGAGAAGGAUCAUAAGGUACUCCAUGAGCGGCAACUGGAAGAAUGGAAGGCCAAGCUUCAAAUUACUGAGUUCCUCCCAGAAGAGAUUGCAAGUGGUUUACAACAAAAUCAAUCUGAAGAUGAUGCUAGGAAAAUUGAAGCCCCGCUAAGCCUUCUUAGAAACCCUUCGACAACAGAUAAACAAGACAAGGACUGAAAGUGUUCUGGACUGGAAUGUCAUUAGAGAACGGAAGGGGACCGUGUUCUCAUGUCUGUUGAAGGCCAAUG